AUGCCCCUGCUGCCCAGCACUGUCAGCCUGGCAGACCUGCUCUUCCGGGCUGGCCAGACAGUGAACGCCUUGGUGAUGCCCAGUGCCACCCUGAUGCUGCCCCAACCUGAGGUCUCAGCCAUGGGGCACCCGACCAGCCUGGGGGUGCCCAGGUUCCGCCAGAAGCGCCACAUCUCUGCCCGGGACAUGAGCGCCCUAUUGGAUUAUCACAACCACAUCCGGGCCAGCGUGUACCCACCUGCCGCCAACAUGGAGUACAUGGUCUGGGACGAGCAGCUGGCCAGUUCUGCUGAGGCCUGGGCCACCCAGUGCAUCUGGGCCCAUGGCCCAUCACAGCUGAUGAGAUAUGUGGGCCAGAACCUUGCCAUCCAUUCUGGCCAGUACCGCUCAGCGGUGGAUCGCGCCAGGUCUCAGUCCGAGGAGAAGCAGCAUUACUCGUUUCCGGCCCCGAGGGACUGUACCCCUUGCUGCCCCUGGCGCUGCAGCGGCCCCGUCUGCUCCCACUAUAACCAGAUGGUGUGGGCGUCUUCCAGUCGCCUGGGCUGUGCCCUCCACACCUGCGGCAGCAUCCGUGUCCUGGGCGGCACCUGGCGUCGGGCAGUGUACCUGGUCUGCAACUAUGCUGUCAGGGGCAACUGGAUUGGGGAGGCGCCCUACAAGAUGGGGCGGCUGUGUUCCACCUGUCCCCCCAGUUACCAAGGCAGCUGCAGCAGCAACAUGUGCUUCUCUGGGCUCUGA